AAGGGAUUGAAACACUACAUCAAUAAUAAAACAUCAAACAAUAAACAAUGUCGGCUGCCCAGAAGUUGGUUAAUGUUGCAGUGUGUCUGGCGUGCAUAUUUGUCCUCACCGUUGACGCUUCGCUUUCUUCCGUUUACAGUUCAUGCUUAACUCCAUGCCAUCCCGCUUGCAAAGACACAGGAAAAUCCGUCUUUGAAUGCUGGAGAGAAUGUGAAAACGGAUGUGUCGACAAGGCGUAUAAUGAGAGCAAGCUUAAGGACGAGGGCAAGCCGUCCAAGCAAGUUAUGGACGAGGAGAAGGAACUUUGGGCCUUUAAGAAAAAACAUCUUGAGGAAUUGAUGGACACGCAUUGUAAGGAUAAGAAGAACAAGCAAUGUAAGGAUGACGACAAGCAAUGUACGGCCGAUGACUACUUCUGUAAGGACAUGUAUGAGCUCCUUAAGGAGGAGAACAGGCCGGAUGAGGAAAAAACAACUUAAUUAAGGACGGGUUAAAAAUCUAGAAGAAUAAUAAAGCGAUCUAUUAUAUUUAAUGUGAAACAUCAUAUGAAUUCCUAUAUUUGAAGUCAAGAUCAUAUUUUGAGA